AUGGACAUAGAACAAGAAGAGAUGCAAUUUCUUGGGUUGUUUGACAUCUACAAAGAAUCCUACAAGAUCAUAUUUUUAUGGAGGAAGAUCUUCAGCCAGAUCACCUUAACUCUUAUCCUCCCUCUCACCUUCGUCCUGCUCUUUAACAUUGAAGAAUCCCAUGACCUCGUCAAGAAAAUUACGCUCGACAUGAGGGACUUAACCGGAACCCCAGGUGGUACUGUCACACCCGAACAACAAAAUCUCCUUUACCUUCUCUCGUGCAAUUGGACUUUCUUCCUCUCCAAACUCCUUUUCUUCAUAUUCGUCUUCAUCUUCUCUCCCCUCUCCACCUCUUCUGUGGUUUACACCGGUUCUUCCAUCUACACUGGCAAAGAGGUAACCUUCAAGGUCCUAAUCAGCAUCACCCGUAAGGUCUGGACGAGGCUUAUGCUCACUUCUCUGUGCAAUUUUAUUGCUUUCUUCGUUUAUGACGUUAUUGCAUGGCUUGUUGUACGGCCACUUAUAUUCAGAGGAAGAAACGAUUGCGAUGAAAUUGCUGGGGUCAUGACAAUCCUGUAUAUGGCGGGGCUUGUGUACCUCCCCGUGGUUUGGCAAUUCGCUGGUGCUGUGACCGUGUUAGAAGACUCGUGUGGGUAUAAAGCCAUGACCAGGAGUAGGGAAUUGACAAAGGGGAAGAUGGGUGUGUCCAUAAUCAUUGAUUUGAAGCUCAAGCUUUUGUUCCUUACGGUAGAGUUUUUGUUCAUCCUGGUGGUCGUGAACGUAUGGAAGAUGUUCAGUUUAAGCUCGUUGGAGAAAAUAGUGAUAUAG